CCAAAACUCCAAUGAAGAGACCAUAGUAGAAAAUGGUACUAUUACCUUAUUUGUUUUGCAUUUUCUUCUCUUAUCAGCCACAAUUUAGGACCAUAGUAGAAAAUAAAGAAUUCUCUGACGUGACAAUGAUGAUGCGUACUCUAUAAGCCAUUUCCAUAGCCCAAACUCAUAGACCAAAACCCUAGAUCUUGAACAUCUCUUCUUUUAUUAUCACUCCACUCGCUACCUAUAAACACCCUUUUUUAACCUACUUAAACACGCACUGUGUGUAUAUGUAUUAUCUCAGAUCCGUGCAUUUAUUUUUCGUUAGAAAUUCACUACCUCAAACUUGCAAAUCUGCUUAGCUGGUCUAAUCCUGAUAUUUAGUGCUACUUAUUAUUGAAUUUUAGUGCUUAAUAUCAGGUGAUCUGCUUAAAAUAAUAUCAGAUUAUGAAAUUCAUGAGUAUUGAAUUAAUUAACUACCUAUGGUUGAUUUAGAUCUAGGACUUGUUAGUGACGUGUUUUAUAUGUGAUACUUUUGGGAUUUUUUUAGUAAUUAGAUUGUAAAAAUGGCAAUGCCACCAGGAAAUGUGGUUAUACCGGACAAAAUGCAGUUUCCUGCUGGUGCUGGCGGUGGUGCUGCUUCUGCCGGAAAUGAGAUCCACCAGCACCACCCCCAAAGGCACCAGUGGUUCCCGGUUGACGAGCGUGACGGGUUUAUCUCGUGGCUGAGGGGGGAAUUUGCCGCUGCCAAUGCGAUUAUUGACUCCCUCUGCCACCACCUGCGUGCUGUUGGGGAACCUGGUGAGUAUGAUUUAGUUGUUGGGUGUAUACAGCAGAGGAGGUGUAAUUGGAAUCCUGUGCUGCAUAUGCAGCAGUAUUUUUCAGUGGGGGAGGUUGUUGCUGCAUUGCAGCAAGCUGUACUGAGGAGACAGCAGCAACAACAGCAGCAGAACCAUCAUCAUCAUCAACAUAAGUUCUAUCAUGAUCAGGGUAAAGUUGGAGGAAAGGAUUUUAAGAGAUCUUCGAGUGCCGGUUUCAAUAGAGGGUACAGGACUGGUGGUGGCGGCGAGGCAGUGAAAGAAGGGGUUAAUUAUAGUGUAGAAAAUCAUACUUCCAAUGGAAAUUCUUCAGAGAAUGUAAGGAGUGAGAAAUUUGAGGAGGUCAAAUCUGGUGGUGAUUAUGGGAAUUCUGACGAUAAGAGAGCAGAUGUUACUGCAAAACCUCAUACAGAUAACCUCUUGAAUAUUUUGGGGAAUUCACAAGGAACCUUUUCUGGAAAUCCAGAAGCUGUGGUUGUUGAUGAACGAUGCAGCCCCAAAGAUCUUGUGGUUUUACCAGAGAGUGAUUCACAUCCUAGUAACAAUCAGAAUGAGAAGCAGAAUCUUGCUAUCACACCAAAAAUAUUUGUUGCUGAGGAGAUGAUAGAUGAACAGAAGGUUAAUGUGGUUGAUGGACUGAAAUUGUAUGAAAACUUGCUCGAUGGCUUGGAAGUCCCAAAGCUUGUUUCUUUGGUUAAUGAGUUAAGAGCUGCAGGGAGAAGAGGACAAUUUCAAGGUCAGACAUAUAUUCUCUCCAAAAGGCCCAUGAAGGGACAUGGAAGGGAGAUGAUUCAAUUUGGUCUUCCCAUUGCAGAUGCACCUGCCGAAACUGAAAAUGAAACUGGGAUCUCCAAAGAUCGAAGAGUAGAAUCCAUUCCUGCAAUGCUGCAAGAGGUAAUUGACCGUCUGGUUGGAAUGCAAGUUAUGACCGUGAAGCCAGACUCUUGCAUAAUUGAUAUCUAUAAUGAGGGUGAUCACUCCCAGCCUCACAUGUGGCCUCCAUGGUUUGGAAAGCCUGUUUCAGUUCUUUUCUUGACAGAAUGUGAGCUGACUUUUGGGAGAGAAAUUGAAACUGUUCAUCAUGGGGAUUAUAGAGGGUCUCUCAAGCUUUCUCUUGUGCCUGGAUCCCUCCUUGUGAUGCAAGGGAAGUCAUCAGAUGUGGCCAAGCAUGCAAUUCCCAUGAUUAGAAAACAACGAAUGCUCAUUACCUUCACCAAGUCUCAACCAAAGAAAUUUACUUCUACUGAUGGCUCGCGUCUUCCUUUACACGCUGUAGCCCCAUCUUCCCAUUGGGGUUCUCCUCUGAGCAGGUCCCCGAAUCAUCCUCGCCAUCCUGUGCCCAAGCAUUAUGCAGCAAUUCCAACGGCUGGUGUACUGCCAAUGCCGCCCAUUCGACCUCAAAUUCCACCUCCAAAUGGUGUCCAACCAAUCUUCAUGACCACCACAGUGACUUUUCCUGCACCAGUUCCCAUCCCACCAGUUUCAACUGGAUGGCCUACAGCUUCUCCAAGGCAUCCUUCAGCUCGCCUAGCUGUCCCCAUCCCCGGAACAGGUGUUUUCCUUCCUCCACCAGGUUCCGGCAAUGCAUCAUCUCCCCUACAGUUGUCGACUGCUGCUACUGAAAUGAACUUCCUUACGGAGACAGCUUCUCUGCCAGAGAAAGAAAAUGGACUGGGAAAAUCCAGUCGUGAUACAAGCGCGUCUCCAAAAGAGAAGUUAGCAGAAAAGACUCAAAGAUUGGACUGCAACGGGAUUUUGGAUGGAAGAGCUGUGAAACAGGAAGAACAGCAAAGCGUUAACCAUACUGUAGCUGACCAGUCAGCUGGAGCAGUGUAAAGAGAGACUGUAUUUUGUCAAAGGCUAGAGUGGUAGGCUGCGGCUUGAAAUGAGUUCAAAGCAAAUGUAAACAGCGGAAAAACUUUUAAGACUUUGACAUUUCAUACUACUGGCGGGGAAAAAGGGGAGGAGGAACAACUCAGUUCUCCUGUCAAUCCCCUGUGUUCUCUGUUUCUUUUUUGUUGUCUUACAAUAUGAACUACAUGCACCAGGCAGAAAUCUCAUUUUAAUUUAACUCUCUUAUAUCUUCUUCACAA